GUGGGGGUGGCAGUGGCUGAGGCUGUGGCUGUGCCGGUGAUGGCGGGCGGGCGCGGGCUGUGUGUUCCCCGGCGGGAGAGUUUGGGUGCAGCCUGAGGCCGGGGGGGGCCGUCACCGUGACCGAGGCGGGUUGUCGGGAGAGCAGAGCGGGCGGCCAUGGCUGAGGUGAUCGACAUCAGCUCCGACUCGGACUCGGAUGUGAUGAUUGUGGGGGAGUCGGGGUCGCGAGGCCCGGGCGCCCACUCCCGCCCAGGCCGCAGGGCCUGGAAACUCACCUGGACUCGCCGCCAGGCCACGCGGCACCGGCUGAAACGCCCCGUUCAGGACCAUAUUGAUCUAACUGGAGAUGACAAUGAAGGGGAAGAAUACGUGAGCCACAGUGAAGAAAUUAUUCAGAUCAACACAAUGAACGCUAACCGAAGAGAAGAGUACAUGCAAUCCUCUGAAAGCCACUUUAUACUGGAAUCAAAUGAGGACCUGUCAGACAGUAGUGGGGAAUGUCCAUCUCUCAACUGCGAAUCCAGUUGGAUGAUUGCUAAGGACGAGCCUGAUCUCAGCGAACCUCCUGUUUUGACAGUUGAAAUCACAACAGAGGAAAACUCAUCCAUUCCCAUCAAAAGCAAACCAACAGUUGUGAAGGCCUUGCCUGAACUCGAGUUCAUUGGCCUUGAUGAAAUGCAAACCUCUCAGGUCACAGCAGCGGAUCCGCAGAUAAGCCUUCCAUCAGGUGGGAAGAGCUGCGGCUCAGUUUACAGUAUGGCCGGAACCAGCGACACCAGUUUCAACAGCGACUUGGAUUCUCUAGGCCCUUGUUCACCUGAUACUCUCCUCUCCUAUUCAUCACCAAGUCAGACGGGAGACAGUUUGGAAGACAUUUUCGAAAACUGCCUUGAGAAGACAGCUGAUGAUUCGCCGUGUACAACCAAAGAAACUCUUAGUGCACGAAGCAUUAAGAAUACACCAUCACUGUUACCUCAAGGCACCAGAGGACCAGAGCAAGACCCUGCUCUGGGAACACAGAAGCCAGUGCUUCAUGUUUUAUGUUGGUUGCAACGUAAAAGUUCAAAUAAAUGUUUGCUAAUUGAACACAAAGCACAAGAAUCUGAACUGACAUCAGCUGAUUCCAGAUCCCCUAUACUCAUUUCAGUUGAGUCUGCACCUCCUGAUCUGACAUUGGUUGAAUCUAUCCCCCCUGAUCUGCCAUUGACUGAAUCUAUUUCCCCUGAUCUGCCAUUGAUUGAAUCUAUUCCCCCCGAUCUGCCAUUGACUGAAUCUAUUCCCCCUGAUCUGCCAUUGACUGAAUCUAUUUCCCCUGAUCUGCCAUUGAUUGAAUCUAUUUCCCCUGAUCUGCCAUUGAUUGAAUCUAUUUCCCCUGAUCUGCCAUUGACUGAGUCUAUUUCCCCUGAUCUGCCAUUGACUGAAUCUAUUUCCCCUGAUCUGUCAUUGACUGAGUCUAUUUCCCCUGAUCUGCCAUCGACUGAGUCUAUUCCCCCUGAUCUGUCAUUGACUGAGUCUAUUUCCCCUGAUCUGCCAUCGACUGAGUCUAUUCCCCCUGAUCUGUCAUUGACUGAGUCUAUCCCCCCCUAUCUGGCAUUCACUGAGUCUAUUCCCCCUGAUCUGCCAUUGACUGAAUCUAUUCCCCCUGAUCUGCCAUUGACUGAGUCUAUUCCCCCCGAUCUGUCAUUGACUGAGUCUAUCCCCCCUAAUCUGGCAUUGACUAAGUCGAGACCCCCUGAAAUGACAUUGCUUAAGUCGAGAACCCCCGCACUCGCAUUGAAUGAAUCUACAGCAAGAAUAACGACAACAACUUGCACUUACAUAGCGUCCUCCACGCAGGGUAGCGUCUCAGAGCCCUUUGCAUCGGCUAAAGCCUCUGCAUCGGCUGGGUCUGCAGAAGCAAGCCCGAACUAUUCAAUCGACAAGGAGAUGUUGCGGAGUUUCCAGUAUCUUAUCGGAGCCCCCAUUCAACAUAUCUUUGUCAAUCAGCACAGAUCAGAAAGAGGAGACAAGGAACCCAUCUCCCAGCGGCAGCACAACAUGAUAAACAGCACCAUCGACGAGGACUUCGCCGAGGUAACCCUGCAGCUUCUCACCGAUUUUGUUUCUCCUCAACGCUAUCCGUCUAGUAAAGUCGUGGAACAUGUCAUCAAGAAGAUCUUGCUGGGCUGUGAAACCCACAACAUCGUCCAGUCUGCUUACAUGGUCCUCAUGAAAAUCCAGCAGCUGCAUCCUGCAACUGUUUCCACAGUGCAGUGGGACUGGGAACUGCUAGCUUAUCACAUGGAGAACAAGGAGCAUCACAAGAUGCAUUUGCACAGCAGCUUCAGCCAGCUCCUGUUCCUGCAGUACGUCAUCCAAACCCUCGAUGAUGACUUUCAGCUGAGACUCAGACACAACGCUCUUAACCAGUCCAUCGCCAAGGCCGUGCUGUCCUGUGACGACAAGUUCUCGAAUGUGAGAAGUGUCCUCAAGUGGCUGAUAGAUACCAUCACCACGGAGUCAGAGGAUAAGGAUGAUCUAAGUGCUCGCUCCGAACCACAGCCCUCUGGGUCGAGUAGAGUGGACUCGAGGAUUCCAAGAAUUACUUGUCUUCUUCAGAGAAUGCUGACUCUGGCCGUGGAGGUGGACAGGUCACCAACCUGCAGUUCCAACAAAAUCGCCGAAGCCCUCUUUCAGCAUUUGCUGUACAUUUCCAAGCGAUCACACAGGAUGAUGCUCUUGACGAGCAUGGAGAGCCGGCUGUUGCGAUGCAAGCUCCUGGACAUCCUCUUCCACUAUUACACCAAGAAGCAAAGCUCUCUCCCCAUGUCGCUGGCGAAAAUUCUACAUUUUCUUAAAUAUGCCAAAAUAUCCCUGGAAACCGAAGAGCAAUUUUCGAGCAAAUGGCAGUGUUGGGAUGAGUUUAUCCACCUCCUGUGUCUACUGCUUCUGAGCUACCAAGAAGUGACCAGAUGCCACCUAAGAUACUCGAUCACAGACCGGGUGAAGAACGUUCUGGCCGAAAUGCCUCCAGUGCUCACGACUCACGAUGAGAUCACACUACAGGACAUUGAGUUCGAUAUGAAAGUGUUUCACAAGCGAGUGACCAGUGAUUUAAAGGCUCCGUUAAACCCAGAGCUCAAACAACAGACGGACCUGCUGAAAGCUCUCCUUUGUGACGCAACUGGAACAUAACUUUUUUUGUCUCUUAAUUUAUUUUGAAGCUAAACAGAUCUUUAUAUCUUAUAUGAAUUCAGCAUUGCCUUUAAGAAACUUUUAUGCCUCAGCACCUUAUUCUGGGCACUGGGAGCAUGCCUUUACCCACCACACUUACAAAAUCGCCUCCUUCUGAUAUGAAAGGCGCUAUAUAAACGCCAUUUGUUGUUGAAUUUCUUUACAGAAUUCUCUCCGUCACAAGAAUUUAUCUUCAACUCAGGCUUUUUUCUCUGGAUCCAGGGACCAACUGCAUUUGUCAAGCAUACACCAGCUAUUGUUGUACUCUUUAUCUUUUAAUUUCUCUUUAAAAGUUUUCUAAAGAGCGAGUGGGAGGGAAGGAUGGUUGGUGAGUGCAAGUGUGUGUAUGAGAGAGAUUGCAAGAUGAGAUUAUAUUUCAUUGAAUAGAAUUUGCACCUGUACUUGAAGGCCAAAAUUUGCUCCUGCACUUGAAGGCCAAAACACACACCGGGCAUUAAUCUCAGGCACAGAAUUUGCAUCCGAGUGGUGCAGUGUUGAGUAAACGUCUCACCGUUUAACCUGCUGAUAAAUAGUGGUCAUUUAUUAAUCUUUUUGUGAGAGAAUCUCAGUGAAAGCUGAGACAGAUCUACAGAGGAAACUGACGUGGCUCAAAGUGACGUGAGGGUGACCAAAAAUAAUCAUGGUGGUGGGGGAAAGAACAAUGAAGAUUUUGCUUUUUUCAAAAAAAAAAAGCAACAGUGAAGGGCAUAAAAUGAACAUUAUUUUUACUGUGGUAAAGCCAGCAACAAGCUGCCGGGUUUAUAUAUUUUUCGGAAACCGCAAUUAGCCUGUUGGCAGUGAGUGGAAAUAACUAAAGUAAUCAAAUGUUCUUGGUGUGUAGGUUUA